CUUAACGGAACUUAUUAGAAGACUUCCGGUCUGAUUAAAGAUAAACUCAAAAUCUUAAGAAAAGUAAAAACAGCGUGCAGACAUCCUGCGAUGACCUGAAGAGAGUUUGUGACUUCACUUUAUCAUUUACAGCAGCUGACCAGUCACAUGACGGAGCAACGCACCCCCGGCAUGUCAGCCGCCCCUCCUACGGCCCCGGCACACCCGGACUCCGGCUCCCAGGCUGUGGAGAUGGACCCAGUGGAGUACACCCUCCGAAAGCGCCUGCCCCGGAAACUCCCCAAGAGACGCAACGACGUCUACGUCAACAUGAAGACCGACUUCCGGGCCCAGCUGGCGCGCUGUCAGAAGCUCCUGGAAGGCGGGGGUCACAGGGAGAUCUGCGUCCACGGCUUGGGCCUGGCCAUCAACAGGGCCAUUAACAUCGCCCUUCAGCUUCAAGCCAGCAGCCAGGGGGCGCUGCAGCUGGCCGCCAACACCUCCACCGUGGAGCUGGUGGACGACCUGGAGCCCGAGGAUCCGGACGAGGCGGGAGAGCCCAUGACACGCACCCGCAACAAUUCAGCUAUUCAUAUUAAAGUGUUCUACCCUGACCCGUAGUGACCGACGUCAAAACAAAUGGCUGUCACAGUACAGGACUGCAGAGCGACGCAGAUGUUCAGUUCCCAGUCAACCACAUCUCUGAAGUGACUGUUAUAUAUCUCAUGUGUGGUAUCCUGUUUUUUUUUUUUUUUAGUUUUCAUGCCUGAAAACAGCAGUGUCCAUCAUAGUAUGAUGUUUCAGUGAAGUAUAUUUAAAGUAACUGUGGCUGUGCCAAAUGUACACUUCCAAGUGUCUGUAAUUUCAAUGUCUGGAAGUGUUUACAAGUUUAUGUUGAGUAUUAAAGAUAUAAAUGUGUAAAAAGUCAAACAGGGGCUUGU